AUGGCGCCUCCUCGGCCUUCGCCCCAGUUGCUCCUUCUGGUCGCCCUGGUGGGGCUCCUGGGUCCUAGAGAGGUUGUGCCUAGGCCCGCAGAGGAGGCAGAAGCCGGUUGUCCCGAGGGCCCAUGGCUUCUGCCCCCACAGGCGUCACCACGAGUGACAUAUGCACGGAUGAACUCAGGGCUGGAUGAGGAUGUGAGCUUCCUCUAUCACCCCUGUGCCCACCCCUGGCUGAAGAUCCAGCUGGUCCUCCUGGCCCAUGUCUGUGUGGCACAGCCCUCACUGGCCCCUGACUCCAGUCUCACUCGGGAUCGGCCCUUGGUACUGACAGCGUGGGGGUUGGCACUGGAGAUGGCAUGGGUAGAGCCAGCCUGGGCCGCCCACUGGCUGAAGAGGAGGUGGCGGCGGAGGAAGCGGAGGGAGAAGAAAGGCUGGUUCCACUCUGACGGCCUUACUGGGCCCUCUCCCUUAGUGCCAACCCCAGGCAGAAGGCGGCUGUGGUGGAGAGGGUGUGUGCAGCCCUCCUCUUUGGCCUUUGCUCUGCGAAGCUGGCGGCCCCCAGGGACAGAGGUGGUGCCUAGAGGGCCCAGGCAGUCCUCUCCAGAUGGUGCCAAGAGGCGGGGACUACGGGCUGCCCUUGGUCUCCAGCCCACUCCCUUAGUCCCAAGGCUGUCCUCUGCUUCCUCACAGAACUCAGAGGCCAAGCAGUCCACACUGGGCACUCUGGGUGAGGGGGGUAAUGGCCUGUCAGUGCCCAUUGUCCCCCUGCUGCCUGGGAGGCCUGAAGGCAAUGCCAGCUCUAGGACAGAGGCUCAGGAACCCAAGGGGCAAGGCAGCCCAGGGGGCUGUGUCUGUCCUAGCCAGGCUUCCCCGGCCCCUCGGGCAGCAGCGCCGCCUCGAGUCGCCAGGGGUCCCACUCCACGCACAGAGGAGGCUGCCUGGGCUGCCACUGCCCUGACCUUCCUGUUGGUGCUGCUCACCCUGGCCACGCUCUGUACGCGGUUGCACCGAAACUUCCGACGCGGGGACAGCAUCUACUGGGGGCCCACGGAGGACAGCCAAGACACAGUGGCUGCUGUGCUGAAGCGGAGGCUGCUGAUGCCCCCGCGCCGCGUUAAGCGCUCCCGCCGGAGACCCCUCCUUUCACCCACGCCGGACAGCGGCCCAGAGGGGGACAGCUCGGACUGA